CUUUACCCGCAUGGUGUCUCUGAUCUGUCCAUCGAAGCUAUCGAAUAAGGUUUGCAGAUCUAACUUGUCCAUCAACCUCAAACAACACUCCAAUAUGGCAACACUGAAACACACCAAGCAAAGGGCAGAAACCAUCUCCGACAUCGCAAAAGAUGUAAUACGACUUCUCAAGGAAGAGAAAGAAACUGUCGGUGUCGCCGAGUCCUUAACAGGCGGGAGUAUCAUGGCCGCCCUCACAGCAGUCGAAGGCGCAAGUUCUGUCUGUCGCGGUGGCAUCGUUUCGUACAGCACUGGCAUAAAGGUCAACUUACUCGGAGUUAGUCAAUCCAUCCUCACAAAACACGGAGCUGUGAAUGAGGAAGUCGCGGAACAGAUGGCGGCUGGCGCUCGCAGUAUCACGACGCUCGACACACCAACGACGUGGGGACUCAGCACUACAGGUGUGGCUGGACCUGGUCUAGAAGAAGGAAAAGCACCCGGGACUGUGGUUAUUGGAGUUUCGAGGUCUGGCCAGGACAGGGCGUUUGGGCCGUUUUACUUCUCAGGGGAUCGGAAUGCUGUCAGGAAAGCUACAGUCACGAAGGCUUUGGAACAGUUGAGAGAACUUCUCCGUGCCCGAGAUCACAUGGAUGAGCGACCAUGACAACCAGCUGGAAAGUCAUAGGUCAUGAAAGAGCGUAACUCAGCUAGCUCGGCUACGGCAGGGAGCCAAACCUCAGAUCGCCACUCACCCACGAAGCAUUUUCCGACGAGUCAAAAAUGCUAUGAACCUCAGCAACUUCGGAGAAAGCGAGGCAACGACUGAAUUAUACUUUGCUGUCCAGUCACACCGUUCCAGUUCUUGCGGCUGCCGUCUCGGAAGCAUUGUUCAUCGACCAAUCGGUUUCCAUUGUUCAGAUGGACAAUCAGCCCUCAACGAUGCUUCAGAAAAUCUGGAGCGGUUCAUAGAAAUAACCGAUUGGAGCUGCCGUCUGGGAUUGUUCAACUGGCUUUGCAGUUGUUUGACUGGUCGUAAGCUGACUGCCGGACUUUGGACAACGCAAAUUGUCCGACGCUUACAGAAUGGACUUAGAAGGACUUAAUUCAUAGCAUAUUUGUCAUUAUGAAUCGUGA